GACCGACUCCUGCACGCCGUCCCUCAAAAAUCGACCUGUCCGCUGCCCAACUGCCUGCCUCUGCAACGUGUGCCUCGCAUCUUUACAGCAAAUUCCACCUGACAAUAAACCGCAUCGGUUUCUCCCCCAACAUCAUAACAAUCAUUGCGCAUCCGGAUCGUUAGCGGCGCGAUCGUGACUGGUUCGCUGGUCGUGGGUCCACCAGGCGAAUUCGACCUUGACCUCGACCUCGAUUUCAGGUUUCAACUUAAACCAGGCCCGUCGCUCCACGCUUGAUUUCUUCUCGUUAUUCCCUCGCAUGGUGAUUGUUUGAUUUCAGCGUUCGCAAGCCAUGGGUUCGACUCAGUUCGGGAAUUUCAACGACUUUUGUCGCGAUUCUACCCUUCCAGUCUGCAAUCUCUUUAAAUCCAACCAGCCCCCUAACAGUGCAUUUGGUGGGUGCGAGCUCGUUGGAAUCCCACUUAGCGGUGACCGACAUCUUGCGAACCUCGGGUCUAUAUUGCUCGCGUUCAUAAGCAUCCUUGUCUCGUUGGUUUUGAUAUGGCGAUCGGAUCGGAAACAAGCCGCAGUUGGGCGGAGGGAAAUGCAGUUAUUUCUGCUGGGAUUCGCCAUCAUCGAGAUUUGCGAAAUAUUUACCGUCGGUGGUUUUCCCCUUGACGAUAAUGUCCGAAAGGGCUUCUCAGCAGUUCACAUUGCUGCGAUUACAGCGACCUGCUGGAUUCUUUUCUUAAAUGCCUUGGUUGGCUUUCAGUUCCUUGACGAUGGAACCCCUGCUUCACUAGGACUGUUUGCCUUCUCUGCCGGAAUUUUAUUCAUCGGUACGGGGUACAUCGCCUUGGACACUGCUUUCGACUGGACCGGGACGUUUGCGACAACCGAGGCCAAUAAUUAUCGAAACAUCGCGCUCUAUGUAUUGUACCAGCUCUUCCCGCUCGUCUGUCUGUUCGCAUUCUUUGUCCUGGAAGCAUACCUAGUGGUUCGCAUACUUGGGGAAUUCCGACCAAUGCUGUAUCUCGUCGCGACCACGAUUCUUUUCGCCAUUGGCCAAAUAUUCAACUACGUUAUCAGCACCCACCUCUGCUCGGCCACAGGAGGAAAGAUCAACGGCGCCUUGUUCGAGACACUUUUCACAUUAAUCUCGGUUGUUGUGCUUUGGUUUUUCUGGAGCAGCAUCACAGAAGAUGACUGGCCCAUGCCAAUGUCCCAACCUGUACCAGGAUACAAUUAAUUUUUAACGCGACCAAUUGAAGACUAAAAACGAAAACAACGAAAAAAAAGCAUGUCCAAUAAAGAGACUGUCAUUCUCUUGCUGUCCUCUCCAACA